CCACAAAGAGAAGACCGCGGCAGCUCGCCAUACGUGCGCCGUAUAACCUCGCGUGGCAAGUGCUGAGUGGUGUUUGCAGACCUACUCAGCUGUACGCCUUGGGUCGGCCUCAAAAGCUGCACGAAACGGUGCCAGAGACGCUCUAUUGGCAGCAGCUGUGUUGCUACCAGGCCGCCGUGGCCGCGUCCCGAUAAGAUGGCAGCCUUAGCCGAGAAGACGCUCAACAAGAGCACGUCGCAGCACCUGAGUCCGGCGACGCGGCCGUCGAAGUCCCUGUCCAUGGAGGACACGACCUCUCCGCGAGCGCGAGCCGGCUCCUGGGACUCCGUUUCUACAGCAUCGGGCGGCUUCCUGCCGGAGAUCAAGUCCAAGCCCGCCUCGAUAAAAGAAACGAGUUCAAGAAGAUUGACGGUGGUUAUCUUUGGCGCGACGGGAGACUUGGCCAAGAAAAAGCUGUACCCGGCGCUCUAUCAACUCAUGUUAUUGGGCCAACUCCCGCGCGGCGACAAGAUUCGAAUUGUGGGCUUCGGGAGGAGAGCGGUAGAACUCCAGGGCUUCAUCAAGAAACAAUGCGCGAACGUCAAAAAAGACGCGAGGCUACCCUUCGAGGACUUCGCGUCUCGACUAUUCUUCCACGGCGGCGGCGCCUACGACAAGGCGCCCGGCUUUGAAAGUCUAGCUGUAUUACUGGAUGAACUGGAACAAGGCCUCCCGACGGAUCGACUCUUCUUUUUAAGUGUCCCCCCAACAGUCUUUGGGGCCUGCGCCCAACACGUCAGUGCGUGUUGUCGCGCGCAAGCGCCGAAACGGUGGACUCGAUUAAUAAUAGAGAAGCCCUUCGGGAAGGAUUCAGAUAGUUUCGCCGAGCUCGACGCCUCUACAAGUGGAUCGUGGUCCGAGGACGAGCUGUUCCGCAUCGACCACUACUUAGGGAAAGAAGUCGUACUCAAUCUCUCAACAUUAAGAUUCGCGAACCAAUUGUUCGAGCCGACCUGGAACAGCAAAUGCAUCGAGUCCGUAGAAAUCACCUUCAAGGAGGACAUCGGGACGCAGGGCCGCGGGGGUUAUUUUGAUGGAUUUGGCAUCAUCCGCGACAUCAUGCAAAAUCAUCUACUCCAAGUUUUGGUGUUGUGCGCCAUGGAGCCCCCUGCCUCAGAUCUACCAGAAGAUAUUCAGAAAGCAAAAGUAGAGGUCCUGAAGGCCAUGAGCAUACCGUCGCUCGACGACGCGUUUCUGGCCCAAUAUACGGAGGACAACUUCAUGUCCGAGCCGGGCUAUCUCGAAGACCCCGGUGUCCCGGACGACUCCGUAACACCUACGUUUGCGGCAAUAGUACUAAAAAUAAACAACGAGCGGUGGAAGGGCGUCCCGUUCGUGGUGAAAGCAGGUAAGGGGUUAGAUGAGCGCCUCGCCGAGGUUCGGGUCCGAUACAAGUCCCAGCCCUACAACAAGUUGUUAGUAGGGCCCCAGGCGAAGAAUGAACUCGUGUGUCGGAUCCAACCGGAUGAAGCUCUUUAUUUGAAAACGCACACGAAAAAACCCGGCCUCGAGCAGGAGGUCGAGCCGACGUGCAUGGAUAUGAGGUAUGCCUCUACGUUUGGCGGGUCCUAUCUAGCUGAUGCGUAUGAGCGCAUGUUUUUGAACGCCGCGAAAGGAGAUUCUUCGUUGUUUGUUUCUUCGGGAGAACUGCGGGAGGCGUGGCGGGUCUUCACGCCCUUGUUGCAUGCCAUUGAUAAGACGAGGCCGAAGCCCAUCUUGUAUGCCUUUGGGGAGCGGAAUCCGCGCGGGUUCCGGGACUGGUCGCUGGCUCAUUCCGGUGUGAAACAGCGCCAGUCCUUCAUGGAGACGCUGUCGGGGUUAAGUGGGGACGCCGGCGCGUUAAGAGCGUAUUUUGAUAGAUACGAUGCGGACAAGGACGGGACGUUGCGGGCCGAUGAAAUUAGAGAUUUAGCUCGGUCGUUGUACGACGGGCGCGACCCGCCCGAGAACACGCUGCGCAAGUUCUUCCAUCUGGCGCGGGGCUUCGACUUGAAGGACAAGAUCACGUUCCAGGACUUCACGUACUUCGCGCGCUGCGCGCGCAUCGCGCACAAGUCCAAGCCGCGCGCGUACGAGCGGGACGUGUGCUCGGAGAAGUAGUUUUCGGCGUCUAAACACUUAGAACACACGGUUGUUGCCCCGUGCCGUUUAUGGUAGAACGGGAAGCGCCUUCUAAGAAAACACAAACGAAAAGCUUAU